UUCUCAGUUGAGAACCAAAGUGCCUCAAAGUAGUGUUUUUGUGUGUUCAAUAUAAAAAUGCUCAAAUUAGGAUUAAUUGCUUACCUCUUGGUGGGGAUCUACUCUACCACCAUCAGUGCCUCUCCCAUUUUCGAUAUUACCUCCAAUGAUAUGGCCGCUGAAGAUGGGGAAGUUAGCUAUCGUCUUCCCAACAACACACUUCCCGUGUAUUAUGAUCUACGUUUCACCACUCGCAUCCAUGCUGCAGAUUUCACUUAUACAGGAUCAGCAGCCAUUCAGAUUAAUGUAGUUGAAGCCACAAAUACAAUCACGAUGCAUAGUCGCGAUAUUGAGAUCCAGAGCAUUGUUGUCCGUGUGCAAGGAACCACAGAGAAUCUCUUCCAGAGCUAUGCAUACGAUCCCGAUACAGAAUUCCUCACAAUCACUACAACAAGAGCAUUGACUGUUGGUCCCCACGAUGUGCUUAUUGACUUCCAAGGGGUGCAUUCGCGUGCAGUUACGUACGGGUGGUAUGCAGCUGCUUAUACAAAUAAUCAAGGAAAUACAGUGUGGCUCGCAGUGACGGAUUUUGAGGCUCCAGAUGCUCGUCAGGCAUUCCCAUGCUAUGACAGUCCCGAAUUUAAGGCUGUCUUCAAAAUUACAAUCACAUACGAUCAGUCAUACGAUGCCAUCUCCAAUAUGCCUGUGGAAAAUACAAUUACGAACACGGAUGGAACAUUUACAACAAGUUUCGUGGAGACUCCCCCCAUGUCUACGUACUUGGUGGCAUUUGCUGUAUCCGACUUCGAUAAGAGGUGUGGUCGUGAUCGCAUCAAUCGCGAUCACUGUGCCUACGCCCGCCCUAAUGGUAUUGAUCUCGUCCCAUGGUCCCUGGAUACAGCAAUUAAGGGUGUUGAAGCACUCGAUGAUAUUUACGGUGUUGUCUACCCCUUGCCCAAGCUCGAUCAAAUCGCCAUUCCGGACGUUUAUUUCGGAUCAGGAGCCAUGGAGAAUUGGGGUCUUGUCACUUAUCGCGAAUCACGACUCUUGCUCAAUGAAUCAUGGUACAAUUACCGCGAAAAGGAUUCAAUUGGCACAGUAAUCCUCCAUGAAUUUGCACAUCAGUGGUUUGGUGAUCUCGUGAGUCCCAUGUGGUGGACAUAUUUGUGGCUCAAUGAAGGUUUUGCCACCCUCUACGAGUACUAUGGCACAAAUAGGGUUUAUCCAGAUAUGAGAUUAAUGGACCUAAUGGUGUAUGAAACAGUUCAAGGGAUUAUGUUGAGAGAUGGUGUUGUUGGUGCGCGCCCAAUGACGCACUAUGUUGAAACAAGAGCCAAUAUUCGAGGCUUGUUUGACUACGUCAGCUACCAAAAGGCGGGAACAGUACUUAGAAUGAUGAUGUAUGCUCUCGGUGAGCCAACAUGGCACAAAGGAUUAAAACACUAUCUUGAGGCAAAGGCUUACGGAAAUGCCGUGGCGGAAGAUUUGUUUGCAGGUAUCCAGACGUCUGUUACAGAAGACAAUGCUCUCCCUGCUGGCCUUAAUGUGCUAGAUAUUAUGAAUUCGUGGACUUUAGUCGGAGGCUUCCCAAUUCUUACGGUGACUUUCAGUGGAACCAAUGGAUUCACUCUUACACAGAAAGCCUGCAUCAACAACAACCCCAAUAUGCCACCAUCCAGCUGGUACAUUCCCAUAACGUACAGCACGAAAAAUAAUCCCAACUUUGAUCAGACACGGGCACAAGCGUGGUUCCGUGGGGAUGCAAGUAGUCUGCAAAUUCCUGUUGAUGGAUGGAACAACGCUGAGGAUUGGUUGAUCCUCAAUAACCAGCAAACAAGCUACUACCGCGUGAACUACCCCGUGGAAAAUUGGCUCAAAAUCGCUGAUGAGCUCAACAAUGGAAGCUUCAGUACCAUUCAUCUCCUCAAUCGUGCUCAACUCUUGGAUGAUUCACUCGAUUUGGCAUCAUUUGGCAUGUUGGACCUUGAUAUUCCACUCAGGAUCUCUUAUUACCUUCGAAAUGAGACUGACUACAUUCCCUUCGCCAGUUGGAGUGCAGGAUUUGGAACAUUCUUCGAUAGACUCAUUAUGUCGGAUCACUCCGAAAAGAUCACUGACUACGUGCAGCAGAUAGUGGAGACCUUCUAUGCAGAAUAUGGAGCCGUUGCAGCACCUGGUGAUGUUUACUUCUCAAUCCUUGCACGAACACUUGCAAUCAACUGGGCAUGCAGGGUUGGCAUUGCUGAGUGUCUUGAGGCUACGGCAAAGGAAAUGAGUGAUCAUAUUAACAACGGAAAGAUCCUGCCACUUGACUACAACACCGUGCUUCCAUGUGCUGGAUUGAGGGAUGCUACAGAUGAGGAUUAUUUUGCCUAUUUGGAUCGCUUAACAACAACCACAACAUCCCGAAGCACCCUCAUUAAUAAUUUGAUCUGCACCGAUCAACAUGUUCAACUUGAAAGGCUCCUUCAGGUUGCUCUCACAUCUCCAGCCCUGAUGCAAAUAACAUCAACGGAAGCUUCAAACAUCAUUCUGGGAGUUGCAAGAAAGAAUCUACAUGGCUACGAAAUGGUGUUGGACUUCAUCAAUGACAACAUCUUCUUCAUCAAUUACCGCUUCACCUACCUCCAACUGCAGAACAUCUUCCGCGAGCUAAGUCGACAGACCUACAGUGAGACCAACGUUGAACGCCUCCAGACACUCUUUAAGAGUUUCGAAAGUCAACUCGGGGAAACAUUUGAGCAAGAAUUUGGCCAAAUUAUUUCAGGCAACAUCGAAUGGAUGCAUAAUGUUGCAAAUCCCGCCAUGGAUCAGAUGCGUUACUACGUCGCCAGUGGAUCAUAUAUCUUCAUAUCUAUGACGGCCAUCUUCUUCGCCGUGAUUUCCUUCCUUAUCCUACAGUAAAUGUGUCCGAUGUGAAAACAAUACAAAACGAUCAAUCAACCUAUUAAAUCAUUGAUAACAUUGUUAGAUUAAA